AUGGACGGGGGAUGCGAAGAAAAGAAAGAAAGAGAGCGGAUUAAAGCCGCAAUCAACCAACAUGUUCGGCGGAUUCGAAAAUUGCAAAAUCGCACCAGAAUUGUCUCGUCGCAAACAUAUGAAGAAGAACACCCUUCCACGGCGGAAGAUGAUGUCUCGACUGCUUUUGAUACGGGAGAUAAUUCGGUUGCCGUGCCAAGUGCAUCGUUGGAAAUAAAAGAGCAGCCUUAUGUCCAAGAUGGAGGGUUUGAUCCCCAAGCUGCGUGUCUAUUGAUGCAUUACCUUGAUCAGGUUUUUGCAUGGCAAUUUCCUUAUUUCUGCUCUACCUCUCGAUUAGGAAAUCGGGGCUGGCUGUUAUACCUUCUCCUGAAACGAGGGCCUCUUUAUUAUGCCGUGCUGAGCCUUUCAUCACUGCACCAGAGUGCAGUUAUGGGCAGUGAAGAGGAAUACCAACAAAAGGAAAGGGCACUAGAACAUCAUUCCAGGGCGCUCCGUGAGUUCUGCAAGUUCAUGGGCGAGGAACGGGGCGCUGAACAUGACUGGCUACUGCACUUAGAUGCUGUCAUAUCUGUCAUACAGUCACUAUCGCCGGAGACGAUAUUCGACGCUCGCUAUACAUCGCACACCGGGUCCUCUGGUCAUCAAAAUCGCCAACAGGAAGGUCUUGAGUUCCUUCUAGCCGCAAUGGUUUCCCUUGAUCUUUUCGCGUGUCUGCCGACAGGGCGGGUACCACGACUCCCGUAUCAGAAAUGGCUCCAUACCGCGGGAAUACAAAUAGCAGAUCUACUGAGCUGCGAAAAUUGGAUUAUGAUUGUCAUUGGAGAUCUAGCUUGUUUCGGGGAAUGGAAGGAAGUACAAGAAAGAGACGGUAUUCUCAGCAUUGACGAACUAGUCAAGAGAGGGGAAGAGAUCAAAGACCGGUUGACCACAGGCAUUGAGAAGCUCGAUCUAAGCAGAGAUGAACAAGAGGAUGACGAAUCCCAAACUAACUGGGUAACACGCCUCUUCGCCCUGGCUUGCCUGGUUCUGCUGCACACAAUCGUUUCCGGGCCCCUCCCGGCACUACCAGAGAUCCAAAGUGCGGUUUCCAGAAGCAUUAUUGUGCUCCAGAAUAGACCAAGGGUUUAUUCUCUCACUGGCUUGGUAUGGGCGUUGUGUGUUCUGGGAUGUAUGGCGCAGCCACAGAAUCAGCGAUUAUUCGAAAAUCUCAUGGCUGACGUUGUGCGCGACUCUGCGAGAUUUGGUAACUGUGGGACGGUGUUGAAGAUACUGAGAAAUUGUUGGAAAAUGCAGGAAACUGGGCGCGCAGACUGCAGAAUUACCAUGUCUAAGAUGGGUAUAUGUGCGAUAUUGAUAUAG